AUGUCCGGCGGCGGAGGUUGUGGCGGAGGAUGCGGCGGAGGCUGCGGAGGCGGCGGUGGAUGCGGAGGCGGUGGUGGCGGUUGCGGCGGUGGCUGCGCCGCUCCAGCUCCAAGCUGUGGAGGAGGAUGCGGAGGAGGAGGCUGCGGCGGAGGAUCUAGCGGUGGAUGCGGAGGUGGAUCAAGCGGAGGCUGCGGAGGAGGCUCCAGCGGAGGAUGCGGCGGCGGCGGCGGAGGAGGCUGCGGCGGAGGAUCUAGCGGUGGAUGCGGAGGAGGAUCUAGCGGAGGAUGCGGCGGCGGCGGCGGAGGAGGAGACUCUUACGCUCAAGCUCCAUCUGGCGGAGGAGGAUACGCUACUGCUCCAUCAUCAGGAGGUGGAUGUGGAGGAGGAAGCGGCGGCGGUGGAUAUGCUACUGCUCCAUCUGGAGGAGGAUGUGGAGGAGGAGGAGGAGGAGGAUAUGCUGCUCCACCACCCCCACCAAGCUAUGCUGCCCCACCACCAUCUAGCUACGCUCAACCAUCCGGAGGAGGAGGAUACGCACAAGCCGGAGGCGCCGGAGGAUACGCUCAACCAGGAGGCGGCGGAGGAUACGCUCAAUCUGGUGGUGGCGGAGGAUACGCUCAAUCUGGAGGAGCCGGAGGAUACGCUCAAUCUGGUGGCGGCGGAGGAGGAUACGCUCAAUCUGGAGGCGGAGGAGGCGGAUACGCUCAAGGAGGAUCCGGAGGAGGAGGAUAUGCUCAAGGAGGAUCCGGAGGAGGUGGAUACGCCCAAGGAGGAUCUGGAGGAGGUGGAUACGCCCAAGGAGGAGGAGGAGGAUACUCUCAAGGCGGUGCCGGAGGAGGAUACUCUCAAGGCGGAGCCGGAGGAGGAGGAUACUCCCAAGGAGGAUCUGGAGGAGGAGGAUACUCCCAAGGAGGAGCUCCACCACCACCACCUCCACCACCACCACCACCAGCACCAUCAGGAGGAGGAGGAGCCUAUUCCGACAACGCUGCCCCACCACCACCACCUGCCCCAGCUCCAGCACCAGCUGGAGGUUAUCAAGAACAAGGAGGAGCCGCUCCAUCAGGAGGAGGAAACUACGAUGAAGCUAAGGCUGCCGCUGGAGGAGGAGGAGAAGAAUACGAAGGAGGACAAGGAUUCCGUCUCCGUCGUUUCUCCAAGACCGACAAAGCCGCUCUUGAGAAAAGCACUUGCAAUUCUUUGAAACUCCGUAACACCAUCCGCAAGGCCUUGGGUGUCGAUGCUGAAGUUUCAAUGAAACAAGUCUCUGAAGCAGUGAAACAACGCCACUCUGGAGAAUGGUACGUUGCUUGUGGCGGUGAUGGAAUCGAGCCACUCGAGGACGAACAACGCGAACACUGCCUUGUUGAAGCUGAAGCAUUUGUCUGCUACGUUGUCAAGAAAGAGUAG